AUGCCACCGGUGCCACCGUUGUCCCCCGGUGUCCCCCAGGUGCUGGCCUGGUUCGAGGAGGGCGAGGAGACCAUCACGGCCUUCGUGGAGCCCUUCGUCAUCCUCCUCAUCCUCAUCGCCAACGCCGUCGUCGGGGUCUGGCAGGAGCGGAACGCGGAGAACGCCAUCGAGGCGCUGAAGGAGUACGAGCCCGAGAUGGGGAAGGUUUACAGGGCCGACAGAAAGGCCGUGCAGAGGAUCAAGGCCCGGGACCUCGUCCCCGGGGACAUCGCAGAGGUGGCAGGUGGGGACAUUGGGGUCACCCAGGGGUCACAGGGACACCCAGGGGUCACCCAGGGGUCACAGGGGUCACAGGGGUCACAGGGACACCCCAGGCCAUGCAGAGGAUCAAGGCACGAGAUCUGGUGCCAGGGGACAUCACCGAGGUGGCAG